UAUAAUACGGGUAACACAGAGUUUAACCAAGACAAAAAUUUCAAGCGUCCCCAGCAACGAUCUUUAUCGUAAUAUUAUUUAGCUGCAAGUCAAUUAUUUUCUUGUUCAAAAGAAUGUUUUCUUAACUAAUCAAGAUUUUCAAGCAAUAUUCUUAAAUGAGAUAGAGGGAUGAUGUCCACACCAUGUUGACAUGACUCUAGAAUGGACUUGCUGGAGAUAGAGAAUCUUCUGAAGAAAGCCAUAGCAAAUGAAAGAGAGUUACUUAAUCUGAGUAACAGAAAUAUGACAAUUUUACCAAGUAAUAUACAUCAGCUAUGUAAAGUGAAGAAACUAUUACUUAAUGAUAACAAGCUAUUGAUGCCACCUUCAGAGAUCAUGACCCUAGUCCAAUUAGAGGAGUUAACUUUAGACAACAAUAACUUCACCAUGCUACCAACAGGAAUAUCAAAGUUGACAAAUUUAAAACUUCUCAGUGUUUGUCAUAAUCCAUUGAAUAUUUUGACCCCAGAAAUAGGUCAGCUUACUUCAUUGACACAUUUGUGGCUUGUUGAAUGUGAAUUUAUCAAUAUUCCAGAAGAGAUUGGAUGUCUCUCUAGUCUACAAACUCUGAGCUUGAAAGGGAAUAGAUUGACAUCAUUGCCGUCAACAUUUGGUGAUCUCAGAAUGUUACGAUGGUGUUGCCUAGCAAAUAACAUAUUAGACUCCCUUCCUAAACAAUUUUCAAACCUGAAGUCAUUAGUUUAUUUAGAUUUAAAUAGGAACAAAUUUUCAUCAAUACCAGAGUGUUUAACAGACUGUGUUGAGUUGAUGUCAUUACAUAUGACGGGAAAUGAGGUGAUGUCUGUAAGUGAUGAUACACUUCUAGCUCUGGCGAAGCUCACAAAAUUUGAUCUACGGGAUAAUGCAAUACAGGAUAAACCUGACCAUUGGAAGGGUCUGGAUUAUAUUCUGGUUGGUAAAACUGGCAUAGAGGGCCUAGAAGAGGAAUGCAACGGUCUUGAUGUGAGGGCAUUUAUACGAGGAUAUCCCUCUGAUGAUGAUGAGGGUGAUGAAGAUGACGACGAUGAAGACGACGACGACAAUAAUGAUGACGAUGAUGACGACAACGAGGAUGAUGAUGAAGAGGAGGAGGUGGACAAUGAUGAGUCAAAAGAAAUUAAUUCUGAAGAAAAAAAUGCUCUGAACAAGAGGGAAAGAAAAACUGACAUGCACAUAGAAACUGAUGAAAAAGAUUUAACAAAGUCUUGAUAGAUACAAAACAGGAUAGUCUAUGAAAUAUAAGAGUAAUAUAUACAGGAUGUCAGUGAGAAAUGUGGCUCAUUUUGUAUGUUGUUAUCAAUUAUGCAAUCCAUAAUUAUUUACAGAAAAGUGCUAUAAAUUUUACAGGGAAAAUAAAUGCCUUAUGGUGUUUUUUUAA